GGCAGGCUCCAGCCUAGACGGGGGGGUGGGAGGAGGCGGCUGCCCGGGCUGUGGGCACCCUGCACCGGCUCCAGCACUCCGGGGUGACAGCGCCGAGCACACUGACACCUGGGAGGACGUCACCUGACGGAGCAGGAAGUGGUGGGAGGAUGCUGCUGCUGCACGGCGCUGGCUGACAUGGGCUAGAGGAGAGCGGUGCCUCCCCACAGCUGUCCAGCAUGGCAGCAUCCAGCAACUCCAGCCUGUCGGGCUCCUCACUCUCCUCAGACGCAGAGGAAUAUCAGCCGCCCAUAUGGAAAUCAUACUUAUAUCAGCUACAACAAGAAGCUCCAAGGCCCAGAAGAAUCGUAUCGCCACGCCAAGUGGAGAACAGACCAAAGCACUAUGGAAGGGAGUUCCAUGGCAUCAUCUCUCGGGAGCAGGCAGAUGCAUUGCUGUGCACUGCAGAAGGAUCGUACCUCAUUAGAGAAAGCCAGAGGCAACCCGGCUGCUACACAUUGGCCUUAAGGUUUGGUCUCCAAACACUGAACUACAGACUUUUCUAUGAUGGAAAGCACUUUGUGGGAGAGAAGAGAUUCGAGUCAAUCCAUGACUUGGUAACGGAUGGCCUUAUUACCUUGUAUAUAGAGAAUAAAGCUGCAGAAUAUAUAGCAAAAAUGACAACCAACCCCAUUUAUGAACAUGUUGGAUACACGUCUAAACUAAAAGAAAAAGUUACCAAAAGACUGAGCCGAACAAAGAGCGAAUCAAAACGUGGCCAUGUGUCUAAUGGAGGAAGUAGUUCUGUGGAAAAGAUCACCUCGCUGGUCAGAAGAGCAGCCCUAACCCAAAAUGACAACCAUUUCAACUAUGAGAAAGCACACAACUUCAAGGUACACACAUUUCGGGGUCCACACUGGUGUGAAUACUGUGCCAAUUUCAUGUGGGGUCUCAUCGCUCAGGGAGUCAGGUGCUCAGACUGUGGGUUGAAUGUACAUAAACAGUGUUCUAAGUAUGUGCCCAAUGACUGCCAGCCAGACCUCAAGCGCAUCAAGAAAGUGUACAGCUGUGACCUUACCACACUGGUGAAAGCACACAAUACGCCAAGGCCAAUGGUUGUGGAAAUAUGCAUCCAAGAGAUUGAAAGCCGAGGCUUAAAGUCAGAAGGUCUCUACCGAGUCUCGGGUUUUACUGAGCACAUUGAAGAUGUAAAAAUGGCCUUUGAUCGAGAUGGUGACAAGACUGAUCUCUCCAGUACUACCUAUCCAGACAUAAAUAUCAUCGCUGGAGCACUGAAAUUAUAUUUCAGGGACUUACCGAUUCCAGUCAUCACAUAUGACACGUAUUCCAAAUUCAUUGAAGCAGCAAAAAUAGCCAACCCUGAUGAGAGGUUAGAAGCGAUACAUGAAGCACUGAUGCUCCUGCCUCCUGCACAUUUUGAGACCCUUAGGUACCUCAUGAUCCACCUGAAAAAGGUUACACAGAAUGAGAAAGAGAAUCUGAUGGGGGCAGAAAACCUUGGUAUUGUCUUUGGCCCGACCCUGAUGAGACCUCCAGAGGAGAAUGCCAUGACCUCCUUGAACGACAUGCGGCACCAGAAACAAGUUGUGCAGAUACUGAUACAGAAUGAAGACGUUUUAUUCUGAACAUAUGAAGGAUUGCUUUUUGCACUUAUUGCUUUGGUCGACCUGAAGCAGCAAAAGGUUUCGUAAAAACAAGUUCACUCGCUGAACUUUAGUAUCUGUGGUAGCACAGAUACAGCACAUGCCAAAUUAUUUGAUGUAGCAUAUGUCUCAUAGACAUAUGAACAUAUCUCCUUUAGAAAAGGAGCAAGGUUUAGGGGAUAAUCCAGCAAAUAUGUUUCAGUAGUUUUUUUUAUUUUAUAAGAAACAAGAGUCCUUUUGAGAUCAAUGUCUUAUCCUGUAAAGCAUACAGUAUUUUUUUGAAUAGGAUUAUUCAUACAUAUGUAUUUCCUGCACUGUGCAAUCCAUACAAUGUCUUGUAGAUAGUAGUAGUCAAUGAUUAUUGCGCAGUCCCACAAAGCAUCCGAUCAAGCAAUUUAGGAUUUUACUCAUUAACCUUUACUAUUUUGUUUUUCUUAGAUAUAACUAUUUCAUCCUCUGUACUCAUUACAUAGGUGCAAAAAGGACAAAAAAUCCAGCAGCAUAAAAGCAUAAAAUAUUCAGGCAUUCUUCAAAAUCCAUUUUCACAAGACGUACAUGUUGGAUGGAUUUUGAAGAUUGUAUGCUUUUUACUUCUGAUGCUAAAUUUCUUGUUGUUUUUUGCACUUAAAGUUUUGGUGAUGCCCUGCAUGUUCAUGCCCGAGCUGUACGUCUUUCUUUCCACAUAUUAUAACAUACCCAUUCAGAGUUUAUGGUGAUUUCUUUAGCAUUUUUAUAUUUAGAUUGGCUGGGGUCUGACACCCCACAGUCCCACGGAUCAGGUGUUCGGGAGUAGCCUCAGAGCUGGGAAUAGGCCCUGGAACUAAACAGCUCCGUCCAUUGUGUAGUGGACGAAGCUGGUUACUGCAGCGCUGCUCCCACUGAAGUGAAUGAUAGUGUUACAGGAACCAGCUCCGUCCACUACACAAUGGAGCUGCUUAGUUCCAGCCCCUAGUUCUGGUGUGGGACUACACAGCCGAUCAGCAGGGGUGUGGGGUUUCCGAACCCUGACGAUUUGAUAUUGAUAGCCCAGCCUGAGAAAUCCCAGAGAGCCCAUUAACUACUUGACAUAUUUGGGUGACCACUAUUUAAAGGGAAUGUAUCAUUUAUUUAUUCUUAGUUUCAUUAAUGAGAUUUAACUCUUUUUAAGAGAAACAAUUAUUUUUAUCUUGCAACUAUUUAAUUUUAUAAAAACUCCCCUGGGUGAUGAACAUAUAGUGAGUACAGCAUUGUGUGUGUUUUAUGGCAGCUGCAGUGAAAAGGAGUUAAAAGGGGGUUGUCCAAAAUUUCUGAAACAUUGGCCAAAAGCAGAAAACGGUGUAAAAUCAAGAAAAAAAACUUUUACCUUUCAAAUGUCCAACCGCUCCAGCACUACUGGUCUGGUCCCCACUGGUAUUUCUGUGGUCCUGCAUUGAUGCCAUCAAGUUCAUUAUUAACAUGACCACUGCAGACACUGACUGACCUCAGUGGUCAAGUCUUGUUUUUGCAUAUGUGACUGCUGAGACUGGUGAUUGGCUGCGUCGCUAAUGUGAACAAUGAAUGGCAUGUGAUCACUGCAAGACCAGCGAAGACUAGUGCGUCAGAGACUGGAGCAGCAAGACGCUUAAUAGUUUUUUCUUUACUUCCACAGUUUUCUGCUCUCAUUUUAUUUAUUUUUUUCUGACAAUUCCUUUAAUAGACAGGAAGGCGUCCAUAGAGUGAUAUAGUCUUCACAAAGAGAACAUACUAUAACCAUCUCCCCUAGAGAUCAGGCAUUGACAGGGAAGAUGCUUUUCUGUGUGUAUAGUAUAUGGUAUUGCUAUCUUUGCCUUGCCCAAGCUUCUGGCAGUACAAUUGUGCUGUAAUUGAAUCCAUAACCACUAAUGAUAAUGAGAUGACUGUGCUGAUUUUUCCCAGUCUACACAACAAAGCUGACAUUUGAGCUGUUGAAGACAGGAAAUGUAUGCCGAAUGUGCAUUUAAUCCACAGAUAAUUUUACAUGAAUACCGGUAAUCAACAUAAAAUAAAAAUAUUUUCUGCUGAUACAUUUCCUUUAAGUACAUAUAACCCAUAACUUUUCUUGAAGUUUGUUAAGGAUUCCAAUUUAUCAAGAUAGAAAAUGGAUACAAUCUAAGGUCAUCCAGUAAAAAAAAAAAAGGUAGAUUUUUUUAAUUUUUUUUUUUUACUUCGGAGCUUAUUGGCGCUGGAUAGUCUACGGAUGGCAUUUGUCAGAGGCAUCUGUUACAGCCAUCCAGUAAAAGUAAAAUUACAUAUGUUAAAUGUAUACUUUUUUUUUUCUUAACAUGGAAGCUGACAGAUGGCUAACUGGAAGCAUCUAUCAAAGGAAUCUGUUACACAGCAAUAGCCCCGCAAUCAGAGACUGACAGUAUUAUAAAUUACUAUGAUACAGUCAGUUCGGGUCAGGGGAGCUGGGGCCCUGGGAGAUGCGGCCAACACACGGACUAUAUUUCCCUGCCCGAUCACGGUCACGUGCAUGAGCCCUUAAAAGUAUCAAUUUUAAUAUGGCAGUCUAUGGUGCCGGAUAGCCAACAGAUAGCAUCUGUCGAAGGCAUCUGCUGGCCAUUUAUAUAUAAAAUAUACAUUUAUUUUUUUACUUCUUAUUUUUCAAUUCUCGCCACACAUAUACUGAGUUAAGGGAGGACACAUCUAUAGUUUUAGGUCCAUCCCAAGUACAGGUCCAUCUUAAAUUCAACAUCUACAGUAAGAAUUAUGGUUUUGUGCUUUUUGUGUAGUGAGAGAAAGGCAUCUAUCAAUAAAACAUAGCAUUGUAAAAGCCUUAAAAUAGCUUUUAAAUACAGAGUUGUCAUGAGUCUGGGCCUGUCAGAUUAUUUUGUGUCUAAUUUAGCCCAUGUCAAAAUGCCAUAACAUUGUUAUUAAAAUGUCUGACACAUAUGAUACGGUUAAAAGCAAAUUUGGCAGGGAUAAAGACGAAGUCCUGCAGGGAUAAAGACUAAUUGGCAAAUCUAGUUUCCCAGGAAAAAUUGAAAGUCCAGUACUGUGUUAAAAUUUGAAUUCUGAAUAAGAUGCUACUUACAAUGUAAAGAGGCAUUUGUUGCUGGAUAUAUCUUUCCUGUAAUUAAAUAUCGAACCAUUAGCACUUUUUUCUUAAAGUCCUUUUCCAGUCCAUUUGGCAUUAGUUUUUUUGUUAAAGUGAUUAUGUAUAUGUUCCAAUUUACAAUUUUCUUGAAAAAUCUAAGAAACUGUAAAGUGAGUAGGUUUUUGUGAUUUGUGUUCCUGAACCCUUCUGUGACAUGACUUCACAAAGACCAUACACCACCUAAACCCCUCUCCCCCUGAAGGUCCACGUCUACAAAUCCCGCAUGGCUACAUUUUCUAAAUAAAGCUUUCCUAGGUUAACAAGUCAAGUGUUGCCAACAGUUUUUCGUAAAUCUAGAUGGGGACUCUUAAAAUGCUCCAGGAUAUGAGUGAUUUGAUCUGUCUCUCUAUAAAGGGGAUGAGGCUACUGUGUAAAUAUUUUUUAGAUGGGACCCCUUGUAAAUAUACUGUAUUAAAGAGGACCUUUCACCGGUCCUGACACUACAAUAUAAGUACCUGGCAUGUUGAGGAGAUGUCCUCACGCAUAUUUUUUUUUUUCAGAUGCGCUGCUCCGUUCCCCCGCUGUGCCCCCGUUCUGGUUUCCCGCCCUGUAUGCCAAUCCAUGCCAUCAGUACAGGGAGGAGGAGACGGCCGUGUUUCUCAAGGGGCGUCUCCUUCUACCUGGCUUUGAGCUCUCAAAUCGGAAGCAGAGCGCGUCACUGCCAGGGAGAAAAAAAGUCUCACCUUCUCCCUGGCCGUGACGCGCUUCGCUGUGGUUGGUCAGCUCAUAGCCAGGUAGAAGGAGAUACCCCCUGAGAAACAAGGCCGUCUCCUCCUCCUUGUAUCAAUGGUAUGGAUUAUCAUACAGAGCGGGAAACCAGAACGGGGCACAGCGGGGGAACGGAGCAGCGCACAGAAAAUAUAAUAAGCGCGAGGACAUCUCCACAACAUGCCCUACACUGCCAGGUACUAAUAUUGUAAUGUCAGGACCGGUGAAAGGUCCUCUUUAAUAUUGAAAAAAUAAAGAACUAAUAAGGCUCUGUUCUCACUAGUGUUGUCGUUUUCAUUCUUAACAGAAGCAUGACUGGUAUCCCUUUUUCGAACUGACCCCAUUGAAUCCUGAAUGAUCCGAUGACUAUAAUGGGUCCAUCAGGAAUCUAUCAGGUUCCAGUGUUUUCAACAGCAUAAAUAUCAGGGCAAGCUGAGCUGUCCUUUGCGCCAGACAUACCAGAAACCCCUAAUGUAAGAGAAAAGAAAUGCUAGUGUGAACAGAGCCCUACAUUUUGUAAAUGAACCAGAUAGAAUAAACUGUUUAAUGCAUGCCAUAAGCAUUUAUGGAAAUGUAUAUUGUGCUGUGCGCAAUUUGUUAACGUUUUUAUAUGUAGGUCAGGGUAUUUUUAUUUCAAAUGAUAGAAUGAUCAAACUUUCUGAACCCUUAUAAUAUUUGAAGCAUAUCAUUGUUCAUUCUUUAAUACCUACAUUUUGCCAGUAGACUGUGACUGACAACUAUCACUGUAUUUGCACCUUUUUGAUGCUCCAGAAUAGUGUUGUAUUUGCUGUGCAACAUAUUAACAGUUUGCUCUAGAAUUUAGGGCUAUAAAGCGAUUAAAAGUGUGCGUGACUUGCUGCUUGGCAAGGAUUCAGACACAUUUACAAAAUGCAACUCUUCAAAAAAAAAAGCA